AUGGCUUUUUUAAUUUCAUUUAUCUCUGAUCCUGCUUUAAUUUGUCUGCUGUGUGCAACAGUAUUAUUAGCUGGACUCUAUUUUUCAACCGGCUCUAAAAAGUCUGCUUUUAAAUUGCCUCCUGGUCCAACUCCUCUUCCGAUCAUUGGUAAUCUGCAUUUGGUGGAUAUUAGAAGGCAAGAUAAAUCACUAAUGAAGCUCGCCGAGGAGUACGGCCCAGUCUUCACCCUCCACUUCGGCUUCCAGAAAGUUGUGGUCCUCACGGGGUACGAAGUUGUGCGGGAGGCGCUCGUGAACUACACAGAGGAGUUUGUAGACAGACCAUCCAUCCCAAUAUUUGACCAAAUUCAGAACGGAAACGGUAUCUUCUUUUCUAUUGGGGAGCUCUGGAGAACAACUCGGAGGUUCACUGUAUCCAGCUUGCGCAACCUCGGCAUGGGGAAAAAAAUGAUGGAAACGAAAGUUUUCGAAGAGCUUCACUUCCUUAUAGAGAUGAUCAAAUCCUUCAAAGGGGAACCUUUUAGCCUAAGGUCCUUCAACAGUGCUCCAACCAACAUCACCUUCCUCAUGCUCUUUGGGGACAGGUUUGACUAUAAGGACCCAACCUUCCUCACGCUCUUAAGACUCAUAGAUGAAGUUAUGACCCUUCUGGGAUCUCCGUAUUUGAAUUAUUUCAAUUUCUACCCAUUCCUUGGAUUUCUCUUCAAAACACAUAAGAUCUUGCUUGAGAAAAUAGAAGAUGUGCGGGUCAUCUUAAGGCAAUACAUAAAGACAAGCAGGGAAGACAUCAACGAGAACAGCGUGAGGAGCUACAUCGAUGCACUGAUAUUCAAGCAACAAGAGGAGAAAAACAAAAAAGACAGCCUGUUCCACGACGACAACUUAAUGGCCUCCAUCCUCGACCUCGUGAUGGCAGGAACAGAGACCACAGCCACGACCCUCCAGUGGGCCAUUCUGCUGAUGAUGAAAUACCCAGAGAUUCAAAAAAAGGUGCAAGAGGAGAUCGGGAGGACGGUCAAGGCUGGAAGCUGGGCCACGUAUGAGGACCGAAGGCACAUGCCAUUUACGAACGCGGUGAUCCACGAGGUGCAGAGGUUUAUCACGCUCCUGCCCCACGUUCCCCGCUGCACUGCUGUUGACACCCACUUCAGGGGCUACUUCCUUCCCAAGGGUAUAAUCGUAAUCCCAUCGCUCACUUCAGUACUGCUGGAUAAGACACAAUGGGAGACACCAUACCAGUUCAACCCCAACCACUUCCUCGAUGCGGAAGGGAACUUUGUAAAGAGAGAGGCUUUCCUGCCCUUCUCCACAGGGCGAAGGAACUGCAUCGGAGAAACCCUCGCCAAGAUGGAGCUGUUCAUCUUCUUUGUAGGGCUGCUGCAGACAUUUACAUUUCAACCCCAGCCAGGAGUUUCAGAGGCCGACUUGGACCUCAGCGUCCCCGAAACAACCUUCACAUUGAGGCCUCGGCCCCAGGCAACCUGUGCUGUCCUGCGUGAAUAA